CCAGUGACUGGGCAUUCAAAUUGAUGACCUUGACUAUUUUUUUCCCCCUCAGGCUUCGACCACCAGCAUCUGCAGCAUGGCAGACAGCCUAUCACCUGAAUGCACUCCACUGAAGCACAAGUAUGAUUCAUGCUUCAAUGAAUGGUUCGAGGGUUAUCUCGAACCCGCUAUAGCCGCCUCUGCAACCCAACCAGAGCGAGAGGCCUACUCACGACAAAAAGCCGCAGAAUUUGAAACAAAAUGCGGAAAAAUAUGGAAGGAGUAUAAAACCUGCGUUCACGACUCGUUGAAGCAAAAGGGACUCGAUCCUCUUAUUCAACAGGCGAGGGAAGAGAAUCCUCUCAAGGAACCCCCUGCAGGGCAAUCAACACCGUCUGAUAGGGUAUAGGAAGCCCGGUUUUCGCCUUUCAAUUUUGUAGCCUUAGAUAUGGCUAACAUCCUUAUUGCCACCCGUCGUGCCUAAUACUUUUCUGCUCGACAGUCCAUGUAGCUGUAUCAUCGUAAUCACACAACCCCCUCACAGAUUUUACCGGCUUCAGAUAUAACAUCGGAGACAUUGGAUAUUCGUUAAUGAAUUUGGCCUUCUGCAGACCCUGUGAUGCAAAGGAGGACACAAUCGUUUUACCUUUGGACGAUUUCAUUGGUCAUGAG